AUGAGUGUAACUAAUGUCACCGUCUCUGGAUUUCCAGGAUUUGUACUGUGUUCGCAGUGACCUGGGGAACCUGCUCAAAGCCCUGGGUCGCUUGGAAGAAGCCAAGGUAGGUGUUUGCUAGAACACAUUUAAGCAUCAGUGUUAUGAACACUUGUACCUUUUGCCAAGUCUUCAACUCUCCAUUGAGCUGUCUUCACAAAACAGUCCUAAGAAACUGAGGAAAACUGACGGCAUGAAUCGCCUCAGACUAGAGCAGGGCCAGGCUUUGGCAUAUCUGUUCUAAAUCUGGGGGUAACGCAAGAACCUGAACGUCUUGGAGCCUUUCUGCUGAGCUAGAUCAUCUCUAUAACAAUGGGCUCCGACGUGAUCUUAUGUGGGAAUAAAUAACAUUCCUUCAAAUCUGAGGCUUGCCUGCUGGUGACAAGCAGAGCGCCUGUGAUUUGGCUCAAGACGCCUUAUGAUGCAGGUGCCAUUGAAAGUGCUGCUCUUCUAAGUCCUUUGUGGCUUGUAAGUGGAGAAGAACUUCAUCCAAAUGUUACCCUGUAAUACUGGCAUUUAAAUUCUUAUUUAACCUUCCUCCCUUCAUCUUCCUCACCCUUUUUACAGUGGAAGAAAGGCUGUUAAAAUGAUUGCAAAUUAAACAAUUGGAAUGUCCUGCCCCUUCUUAUCCCCACUCCCUCCUCCAAGUUCCCUUUCCCUCUUUUCCGAUCCUAGUCAUCUGCCUUCUUUUCUUCUUUACUUCCUUCUUUUACUCCUCCCCACCCCACCUCCUUAAAAAAAAAAAGGACAAAGCUGGUUUGUUUGGGAAAUGGACUGAUCGAAAGAAAACUUGCCAAAGUGGAAAGGUGGCUUUUAGCAUUCUGUGUUUCCAAAUAAUGAAUUUGAACUCCAGGUUGGGUUAUUAAAGCAUUUGGUAUAAUUUUAAAUUAAAUUUAUAAAUGAAAUUGCCUUGUUACAAGCCACCUUACGCAACCGCGCUGCAGGGGUGAGGAGUGGGGAGAAACCAGAAUGCUUCUGAAACUCCCACCUGUUGCUCUGAGCCCCACGCGCAUGCUAAUGCGUGGAGUGUAUGCGCAGCGUAGCUGUCUGUUUGCUUCAUCCAGGGAGGAGGAAGGCUUUUUAGCACCGUCUCAUGUUCAAAGGCACUAGUUUUAAGUGCACAGCUUGUAAAUUCUGCCGACACUUUGGAUUAACCUUAUGUAGGUUUCCAGCUAAUGAAUUGUAGUAAUUGAUUUCAAUCUUAGCUGAUAAAUCCAAUUGGUAAUUUAUAGAACAAAUAUUCGCUAAGCUCCUAUUACUUGUCACCCCACCAAGCGGACAGCUAACAUGAAUUGCACUUCACUGCAGCUUUAGAGAUCGGUUUAGGCUGAGACAUUGCGCCUGCCUUAGGUUGCUGACUUCUUUAUUUCAGAGCUCUGGAGACACCUAGUUUGAAAAAUGUUAUUCUGUUUUUGUGAGAACUAGUGAACAAGAAAAUACUCUUGAGUGAAAUGCAAUGUAUUUCUUUUGUAAUCAGUGCAUUUGAAAAUUCAAGCCAGCAUAUUCCUAGUAGAUGGAAGCAAAAUUUAUGUUGCCUUUGUAGAAAACCAAGAGCCUUUCUUCCAGCAAAAGUCCCUGCUGUAUGCAAUAGCCCUGAUUAACCCUCUCCCUUCUGCAUGUUUCCCAUGUUACAGACUUGAGACUGUCCUCAUUCCCAUAUGUAAUAGACAUCCAAAGAAUUUCAAUUGCUUUGUUGAACUUUUACUAAUGAUCUUGUUUUUAUUUUCUCUCUUGUUUUUGGUUUUUCACCAUUGAUAUUGUAUUUAGAAGGUUUCAGGUGGGUGAAACCUCCUAUUCCAUGCGUAAGGUGCCUCGCUGAAGGGAGCUCGAGGCCUGGAUCUAGGGCAGACACACACCUCCUCCUCUUCCAGCAAGGAACGCACCGAAAAGUCACAUGAUGAGAAAUAUGGUAACGGGUUUGUAACUGCCACAGCAAAACAAUUUGCCUCCAUGCCUGAAUCUUCUGUCUUGUGGCUUCAGAAACAGCUUAAAAUAAUUUUAUUUACAAGCAAGUUAUGUAAGAGAAUGUUUUAAACUAUAGCCACAAUUCUGUCAAAGAUAAGUAAAAGUUAAUUGAUAUUAAAAAUUAUUAGAUAAUUUACUAGUAAAAGCUUCUAACUCUUCUCGUUGUUCAUUUUUUUCCUUUUUUCUUCUUUGUUUGGAUUGCAGCAUUCUGCUCUUCUGAUGAUGCGCUGUGACCCUGCAGUAGCGCAAAGGCUGCGCAGCGUUAACGCGCAAUGCGUGCGAAUGAGCCCCUGUGAACGGUUGACUAGAUGAGUAAUCUGAUUGACUGGCUCCCUCAGCCCUAUUCUGUAGCCUUUUUGGAUAAAAUUGGGUUUUAACCUACCUCAAGUCCACCUAAUCUCAUUAAGCAAAUAUUCUCUAUGGGCCUGUCUAGUAGAUUAAUGGAUCUGGUUGGCCGUUUGCUGCGUCUAGGGGUAUUCUAUGUAGCGCAGCAGUUCGCAGCGAUUGCGCAGUGCGAUGCUGUUAGGUUGCGCAAGCGAUGUUUGCGCUCGCAUUACAGGGACCUCAACCUAGGUGCAAUCCUGUCAUAGGAGGUUUCAGCCUCAUCCCCCCUUGGGAGAUAGGGACAUCGCAAGGAUGUAACUUACACCCUGGUUUUAUCACUGACUUGGCAGAAAGACUUUUUUUUCUCAGUAGCACAGUUUUGAUGUUAGUGAGGAACAUUAUGGUUCAGAGCAGCACUUCCCAAAAUAUGUUUCAUAGUACCCAUUCUAACAAGAAAAUGCCCAGUGAAGGAAGAGGUCCACGGUCAGCUGAGAUCAGGGAACCCUGUAUAUACUAUUAAAGGCUCAGGGAAGUCCUGUAGUAAAGAAACCUAUUUUUGUCAUUUAUGUGAUCUUGAAAACCUCUUUUCCAGUGAUGCCUAUUAAUACCUUAGGGAACACACUUUGGGAAACGGGUUGAGGGAGUGACGGGAAAACUUGGCUUGAAGUGGCGCCCUCUAGAGACCAUUUGCAAACAUAACAAGUUCUUAGGUGUUCAGGUAAGAGAAGUCUAGCGUCAAGUCUUAAGGCAAUUGACUUCCCAGAAAAGUCCCAAUAUAAGGGUUGGUCACUGGUUGGCAGAACUGAACAUGGUGGUUUGCACUUGGGUUCUGGUGGCGCAGGCGCAGGAGCAGCCAGCUGUGGCAGCGCUUUAGUUUUGGCGCAAGCGAGCCUAUGCUGCAGGGUCACUUUUGACUGGUCAGAGAAGGAAUAAUGAUAUCACCUUCUUCCCCCUCCCCCAAUCUUUUUUUCCCUUUACAAAUUUCCCCCUUUCCCUUUACCUCCUUCCCCUCCCAUCUUCUUUCAUUAACCCCUCCUAAGGCAUGUUAUUUGAAAGCAAUUGAGACGCAACCGAACUUUGCAGUAGCUUGGAGUAAUCUUGGCUGUGUUUUCAAUGCACAAGGAGAAAUUUGGCUUGCAAUUCAUCAUUUUGAAAAGGCUGUCACUCUCGAUCCCAAUUUUCUGGAUGCUUAUAUCAAUUUAGGAAAUGUCUUGAAAGAGGCACGGAUUUUUGACAGAGCUGUGGCAGCUUACCUUCGUGCUCUAAGCUUGAGUCCAAAUCAUGCAGUGGUGCACGGCAACCUGGCUUGUGUAUACUAUGAGCAAGGCCUAAUAGAUCUGGCAAUAGACACCUACAGGCGAGCUAUUGAACUGCAACCACAUUUCCCCGAUGCUUACUGCAACCUAGCCAAUGCUCUCAAAGAGAAGGGCAGUGUUGCUGAAGCAGAAGAUUGCUAUAAUACAGCUCUCCGGCUGUGCCCCACCCAUGCCGACUCGCUGAAUAACCUAGCCAAUAUCAAACGAGAACAGGGAAACAUUGAAGAGGCAGUUCGCUUGUAUCGGAAAGCAUUAGAAGUCUUCCCAGAGUUUGCUGCUGCCCAUUCAAAUUUAGCAAGUGUACUGCAGCAGCAGGGAAAACUGCAGGAAGCUCUGAUGCAUUAUAAGGAGGCUAUUCGAAUCAGUCCCACCUUUGCUGAUGCCUACUCUAAUAUGGGGAACACGCUAAAGGAGAUGCAGGACGUCCAGGGAGCCUUGCAGUGUUACACUCGGGCCAUUCAGAUUAACCCUGCAUUUGCAGAUGCCCACAGCAAUCUGGCUUCUAUUCACAAGGAUUCAGGAAAUAUUCCAGAAGCAAUAGCUUCUUACCGCACUGCUCUGAAAUUGAAACCUGAUUUUCCGGAUGCUUAUUGCAACUUGGCUCAUUGCCUGCAGAUUGUCUGUGAUUGGACAGACUAUGAUGAGCGAAUGAAGAAGUUGGUCAGCAUUGUGGCUGACCAGUUAGAGAAGAACAGGCUGCCCUCUGUGCAUCCUCAUCAUAGUAUGCUGUAUCCUCUUUCUCAUGGCUUCAGGAAGGCCAUUGCUGAGAGGCACGGGAACCUCUGCUUGGAUAAGAUUAAUGUCCUUCAUAAACCACCAUAUGAACAUCCAAAGGACUUGAAGCUCAGUGAUGGUCGACUGCGUGUGGGCUAUGUGAGUUCUGACUUUGGGAAUCAUCCUACUUCUCACCUCAUGCAGUCUAUUCCAGGCAUGCACAAUCCUGAUAAAUUUGAGGUGUUCUGUUACGCUCUGAGCCCAGAUGAUGGCACAAACUUCCGGGUGAAGGUGAUGGCAGAAGCCAAUCAUUUCAUUGAUCUCUCUCAGAUUCCAUGCAAUGGAAAAGCAGCCGAUCGCAUCCAUCAGGAUGGUAUACACAUUCUUGUAAAUAUGAAUGGUUAUACCAAGGGUGCUCGAAAUGAACUCUUUGCUCUCAGGCCAGCUCCUAUUCAGGCAAUGUGGCUGGGAUACCCCGGAACAAGUGGGGCGCUUUUCAUGGAUUAUAUCAUCACAGAUCAGGAAACCUCACCAGCUGAAGUGGCUGAGCAGUAUUCUGAGAAAUUAGCUUAUAUGCCCCAUACUUUCUUUAUCGGUGAUCAUGCUAAUAUGUUUCCUCAUCUGAAGAAAAAGGCAGUCAUCGAUUUCAAGUCCAACGGGCACAUUUAUGACAAUCGGAUUGUUCUGAAUGGCAUCGACCUCAAAGCAUUUCUUGAUAGUUUACCAGAUGUGAAAAUUGUCAAGAUGAAAUGUCCUGAAGGAGGAGACAAUGCAGACAGCAGUAACACAGCUCUUAAUAUGCCAGUUAUUCCUAUGAAUACUAUUGCAGAAGCAGUUAUUGAAAUGAUUAACAGAGGACAAAUUCAGAUAACAAUUAAUGGAUUCAGUAUUAGCAACGGACUGGCAACUACACAGAUCAACAAUAAGGCUGCCACUGGAGAGGAGGUUCCCCGCACCAUUAUUGUAACCACACGUUCUCAGUACGGGUUACCAGAAGAUGCCAUCGUGUAUUGUAACUUUAAUCAGUUGUAUAAAAUUGACCCUUCUACUUUGCAGAUGUGGGCAAAUAUUCUGAAGCGUGUUCCCAAUAGUGUGCUGUGGCUGUUGCGUUUUCCAGCAGUAGGAGAACCUAAUAUCCAACAGUAUGCACAAAACAUGGGCCUUCCCCAGAACCGUAUCAUUUUUUCACCUGUUGCUCCUAAAGAGGAACAUGUCAGGAGAGGCCAGCUGGCAGAUGUCUGCCUGGACACCCCACUCUGUAACGGGCAUACCACAGGCAUGGAUGUCCUGUGGGCUGGGACACCUAUGGUGACUAUGCCAGGAGAAACUCUGGCUUCUCGAGUAGCAGCUUCCCAGCUCACUUGUUUAGGUUGUCUGGAGCUUAUUGCUAAAAAUAGACAAGAAUAUGAAGAUAUAGCUGUGAAACUGGGAACCGACCUAGAAUACCUGAAGAAAAUUCGUGGCAAAGUCUGGAAACAGAGAAUAUCUAGCCCUCUGUUUAACACCAAACAAUACACAAUGGAACUAGAGCGGCUCUAUCUACAGAUGUGGGAGCAUUAUGCAGCUGGCAACAAACCCGAUCACAUGAUUAAGCCUGUCGAAGUCACUGAGUCGGCCUAACUAAAGACUGUGCACAGGAGAAUUAGCCCUCUACCUGAGCCUCAACCUUCGGGGGAAAGGGAACUAGAAAAUGGACUUUUUACUUAUCUGUAUAGCAUCGUGUUAAAGAUGAAUGACAAAUGAUGAGCAUAGAAUAGCACAGCCGGAGUUGCUUUGUGCUUGAUAGGGAGAGACCCACGAGCUGGAAACUGCUGUUCUACAAGGAAUCUCCAUAGAAUUUUGCAGCAACCAGGCGGUGCAUAGGUCUGGAAGGUCUUCUCUCCCUUGGUCUUCCGCGGGAUGGUUAGUGUGGAGGGGAGACCUAGACUGUCCAGCCGUUCUUGUGAUUCCGUGGCUUGAUUGAGUCUUCUGAAUUAAUUUUUUCUUUAUAUUUUGGGUAUUGGAGUUUUUAAAAAUGUUUGGUUUCAGGUGUUUUUAUUCAUGUGAAGUACAUAUGAUUCUCUUGAGAUAAGGUUUUAGGCUAAAAUGUUGCUCCUCGUUUUAGUUUCAGAACUCAAUCGAUUAAUGGGAACUUUGCUGGUGUAGUCUUUUUAUAGGUUUUAUAAACCACUUGAGCCUAUAUCAGUCGUUUGAGUGUCUGACCUGAUGUUUGGAGCUAUCAGUGCUUUGUUGGUUUAGAUGGUGACUCUUUUUUUUUUUUUUUUUUUCUGGUCCAUUUCCUUCCCCUCCCCAUAGUACUUUAAAAUUUCUCCUGUAACUCAGCUAACAAAACCAAGUCUGAUGCAGAAUAUCCCAGAGUGUUUCUCUGAAACACAUUAUCUGGUGCCAAAUGAAAAUUCAUAGGAAUGAUUACUAAUUAUGAAGGGCACAGUUGUGGUACUGUCAUUGAUGAUAAUAAUAAUAAUGUGUGUUUUUUUGGCCUAGUUUUCACCUAUUUCAGCAGUGUUUUAUCUUCUUCGACUGCCCCUCUAUGCUAUUGCCAGAGUGAUAGUGUGUAAUAAGAUAUAUUUACCUUUCUUUCUAAGGUUUGCUUUUUUUUUUAAAGUGAGUCCUGUUCUUCCUAGUUCUGUCAGCAGAAAUGAAAUCCCAGGUAAGUAUAAGUAUUCAAAUAUUUGAUCAGUAAGUUAAAGUUAUUUGUGACUAUGUUAAAUAACUUUCAUCAAAACACAUUCUAGGUAAAAAGCACUGAAGGACCAGCUAUGUGUACGAAUCAUUGUUUUUCAGACCUUCUAGGAAUUAUGUAAUAACUGUCUUGUGGACUUUGGUCUUGAAGUCGUAUAUACUCGGGCUCAGCAGUAGCGAACUGUACUGCUGCUUGGUUUGGAGUACAAAUUAGACUAGGCCACCUGGAGCUUGAUUUUUAAAACAUAGGAAUGAAAUUAUUGAAUUUCAACAGAGGAUUGAGGACUCGAGGCUUAAACAAACCAACAUAUGAAUAUGUUUUGUCUUGCUGUACUGCACUUACGCUAUCCAGUAACAGAUAAUUUUUUGUCUGCUAGUAGUGUUCUAGAUUAUAGUGUCUUUCCAAAGCACUGAGGCAGUGUACCUAUUCCGUAGUUGCAGCUGAUGCCUGAAUGUAUCCUAGCUGACAAAUUAUUAAUAAGAACUUGAAUUUCUGAAAGUCUUACUGUUAACCAAAAUCUGAGCAAGGAGUCUCAAGUAUAAUUCUUAGCCAGAAUUAUGUGUUAAUGAACUGUGUAUCUUUUAACGGCGUGAAUCAAGGAACAUCACUUUAGGGAGUUUCUUAAUUUAUUUUUUACCUGAUUGAAAUACUAGUUAAAAAGGUUGCCAGCAUGAUUGCAGAUAAAGUGAUAUUUGCAAUUCACCAAACUACUUAACGUGGAAUAGGAUGAUAUACUUCUAGUGCCCUCAAGGCUGCGGCCUUCCAGCCCUUUCACAUAGCACAUCAUUCCUCCUAUAGGGAUGACUUUUUUCCUGGCACGAAAAGUAGCCGCUCUGGUUAAAGCUUUGCUUAUUGUAACAGGCUUUGGUUUCCAGGUAACAUGUCUAUGGGAGACUAAUUAUGAAUAGAGAUAUAGAUAUUACUGGAAACGAAUUGUUUUUUUCUAUUAUGCUA